UAGCACACCUUUUUUGUUGCAUCUGAAACUUGUUUAAGAUUGCCGUUGCAACAGAAGAAGCAGAAGUGCGGAAAAUAUAGUGAUUUCAUGUGACACACGGGACCGUCUGAUAGACGAUGAAUGAAUCAUCGUAAUAAACUUAGUGCGACAAUAACACAGACUGUCCUUGUAGAAAAAAUUAUCUUAUUGUUCCAUGGGUAGACACUAAAAAUGUCUUCAUGAUGGAUUUUUAAAACUGUAUAAUUCAUAAUAACAUCAUUUUUGGAUGUAAUAGAGUUCCAAUGGGAUGUGAUGUUGUUAUGUGUACAAAGAUAGUAAACAUAUACAUACAAAAGGUUUCAAAUAUUGAAACUUUUGGAAGUUCUGACUGAAUCGUGCUGUAAAGUUGUGUAUAUCUACUUUUAAUGAUAUAUUCACAAAAGAAAUAGCAUACCGAGACUGAAGGAUUUGAAGACAGUUUGUCUUUAAGACAAAGAAUGUUUUGUGUAAAUUACUUUUUAACAGCCAAAGAAGAUCAUUCAGAUUUUGUUUAAAUUUUGUUAAAAGUUUGAUAAGAAUCUGUAAAAUAAAGUGGAAGGGAAUAUCACCAUGGAGAAAUUGGAAACAAAGAAAUUAUUGUCUUGCGUUAUGAAAAAAAAGUUUAAUCAUGUUUCAGUUUGUGUUGUUUAUGAUAAAGUUAGGUUUUGUUGAAGUGCAGUAACUGUGACGACUUUGGGAAAUCAAUUCGGAGAGACGUUUGUGGAUACUCGGACAUAAAUAUUUGCAAAAGCGUUUUUACAGUAACUGCAUGCUGAAGGAAUUCUAAGAAAAUAAUUAGACUGUAUAAUCGUAUAAAAGUGUUAUCGUGAAGGAAAAUUCCGAGGGAUCAAUGAAAGUCGUUACCAAAGAUGAUGAUUCUAAACUUUUUCCGGAGACUUUUCUUUCACAACACUUCUUAUGAGAAGCUGGUUGGCGAGAAGGAGACGCGUCGUGGAAGUGUUCCGGCAGUUCCGGCAGCAGUAAGCGAGGACUGUAUCAAGAUGGAGACAUCAACAACGACAAGCGCUACUCCAUCUCGUUUUACGAGUUUCUUGAUACGGAAAGGUUUUAAAACCAAUUUGAAGAGAGCAAAGUCUGCAAACAAACUGGAUCGGAAAAACCGCAGUGUAACUCCGACACCAGAUUCUGACAGCACGUUUGUUGGCACAUUGAAAAGGACUAUGAGUUUGGGCCGUCUCUCUAGAAAACGCACACGCUCAAAAUCAACAGAUCUGGUCAGCCACAAAUUGCACAGUCGAGACCCAGAGCACUUACCCUGUUCAUGUGUCACCCCUACCCCAGCAUCAAGAAGUACAUGGUCUGUGAUCAGUUCGCGACUGAAGAACUCGCAGUCCCAUGAGUCCCUGCUCACUACCCACAGUCCUUUGCACUCGAUCGACCUUACAUCGCCAGACAUGGAGAUAAGGCCGUUACAUCGUAGUAUUCUGACAGAGGACCAUUGCUUCCAGGUGUCGACAAUGCACGGUAGCAAGUACAUCUCGUGCCGAACUGCAGAGGAAAGGGAACAGUGGAUGACAAGUUUGCGUCGUACAGUCAACCCACAACAUGAAAACAGUCGGCGCAGUGAGUCAUCUCUCAAAGUUUGGGUACAGGAAGCCAAAAAUGUUCCAUCAAAAAAAAGGUAUUUUUGUGAGGUUUGUCUGGAUAAAGAUCUGUAUGCACGGACGUCUAUCAAAAUGAAAGGAGAUAUGCUCUUUUGGGGAGAACAGUUUGAAUUCAAUAAUUUGCCAUCUGUAGAAUUCUUGAUCGUCAAUUUAUACAGAGAGGCAGACAAGAAAAAGAAGAAAGACAGAAACACUCUCGUUGGUUAUUCAAAAAUACCAGUAUGUGACAUAAGUAACAGACAGUAUGUUGAGAGAUGGUUUGCUACAAGUUCGGGAACUGUUGGUAAAGGAGGGAAGGAGAACAAGAUAGAUCUGCCGUUAAUACGUCUGAAAGUUCGACACCAAACUGUACAGAUACUGCCAGUGGAUCUUUACAAAGAUCUCUCUAAUUAUCUAAAGGAAAACUAUGUACAGCUCUGUGAUAGCCUUGAACCCCUCGUCAGCAUCAAAGACAAGGAGGAGAUUGCCAAAACAUUGGUCAAUAUCAUGCAGAAGCUUGACAAAGCUCAAGACUUCCUGUCAGAACUUGUCAUGACUGAAGUGCUACGACUUGACAACAAUCACUUGAUGUUUAGAGGUAACAGCAUCGCCACAAAGUCUAUGGAAGCUCAUAUGAAAUUGGUGGGAGAAAAGUAUUUAAAUGACACAUUGGGCGACUUUGUCCGUACAAUCAUAGAGAGUGAGGAUGACUGUGAGGUAGACCCGACACGUGUUCCAAUUCCGUCCAUGUUAACUAGACACCAAGCAAAUCUACGCAUGUACUGCGAUAUGGCCUGGACUAAAAUCAUCACAUCAUCAUCUUUCUUUCCCAGUGAGUUACGUAAUGUGUUCACACGAUUUCGAGGUUGCUGUGAGCAGGAGGGCAAAGGUGACCUCAGUGACAACCUCAUCAGUGCUUCCAUAUUCCUACGAUUUUUAUGUCCCGCCAUACUCUCACCGAGUCUGUUCCACCUGACGCAAGAAUAUCCAUCAGAAAAAGCUGCGCGAAAUCUUACUCUGAUUGCCAAAACUAUACAGACGCUGGCAAAUUUGUCAAAGUUUGGUGGGAAGGAGGAGUACAUGACCUUCAUGAAUGAUUUUGUAGAGGAAGAAUGGUGCAAUAUGAAGGAUUUCCUUCACAAAAUCUCAUCAGCUGAUCCUAACGACAAUUACACAGAGUAUGACGGGUUUAUAGAUCUCGGCAAGGAAAUGUCUAUACUCCACACACUCCUUAUAGAUACUCUAGAAAAAGGCUCCGAGGAGACUACGUCCAAGCUUGGCACACUACCAAAGGUACUAUCACAGAUCACGAAUGACUUGAAAGAUCCCGAUAUUACUCAGCGGCGACAGAGUAACCGAAAAAGUCAGCAUUAUGACAAUCUCGUUAACAUACAGGCUCAUAUUGAUCACACAACUUCACCGACGGAACUGUUAAAAGACAUGCUUCGGCAUUGCGGUGAAUCGCCAAAUCAGCUGCCGAUAUUUUCUUCAAAUAACAAAGAUUCAGACUCGCCAAGAGGCAGUGUUGAUAACAUAACAUCCAGUGAUUCUAAUUUAACGGAGGAUAGUGUUUCAUCAAAAGUUGAAUUUACGUCCUCAGAAGUGUCGAAUGUGUCUGUGAGUUCGCGUUCUACUGUCAAUGAAUCUCAUGUAAAUAAAUCCUGGAAUCAGAUGGUAAGUGCUGCGGAAAUAGUGAACGGCGAUUAUAUUGACUUAAUUUCCUUCAUGGACGAGGAAGGAAAUAAUUCAUCCAUUGAAAUAGAACAAAAUGGUAGUCAGAUGUCUAUAAGUCAAGUUUCGACUAUAGCCUCUUCAGGUUACCAGUCAUUUGGAUAUAGUCAGUCAAGUUCGCCAGUAGACAACGCCCACCAUGAUAAUAACCAUGAACCCCUUAAAUCCCCAAAUAACAACUCAUCAUAUACGCACUCUACCCCUUUGUCUUUCGCUAACCCGAUGUACCGGCGCAAUCAUCGGGGAAUAACUAGUCAUGUAAAAAUGGCGUCCCCUAUUCUUCAAGCCUCCAGUAACAGUUCUUUGAGUAGCGAGGAGGCAAAUACUGUGAAAAACUGUAGCCCUGUGAAAACAAAAAAAUACGAAAAGGAGUGCACAGAAAUUCCCAUUAAAAACAUGGCUCUCCAGCUGUCGAGUUCCAGCAGUUUGGAUUCGGUACCAGACAGAGACAAAAUGCAUCACAGUUUAUCGAGUAGUAAUAUGUACUCGUCAGUCAGUAGUGCUGAGACUCGGCGAGUUCCUACGCAUAGUAAGUCAAAUAACAAUGUGUAUUCUUUAAAUGUGGAAGUGAAUACGAAACCAAGGCAUAGCCGAUCAAACAAUAAUGUUAGUGCUAGGUCAAAAGAGACCACCUUUUCAAGUACUGUACACACUUCAAAUACACGGAAAUACCCACUGGAGCUUCGUACAUCUAGUCCAACUUUGUCUCAAAGUGUUUCAGGCUCUUCAAAUUCAGUGACUAACAGUACAACUUAUUACAAUACAAUAGGUAGUACACCACGACGAGGGCACGAGCUCUCGCAUAGCAUGGACUUUUCCUACACAACUCACCGCUAUGGUGACCAGAUAAGAAGAACUGCCACUGACACAAGUUUGUCGCAGCGGAGUUCUUCCCCUUACAGUGAUACAAGCGUAGCUUCUUCACCAGUGUCUCCGCGUAGUCAGUUGUCGCCAGACGAUAGUUCAUUACUACGGCGACUGUCUGCACAGAAUGCUGUUCACAUGGGAAUACGUUCAGUUCAGAGAAGAAUCCACGAACAGGAGAAGACUAAACAAGAGUAUGAAACAGAGGUUAACGUUCUCAAGCAACAACUUGAGGAGGCUCAAGAGCGACUGAAAAUGGCUGAGGAACGUUUACAUGAUCAUGAGAAAGAGACGUCUAUGAUUGCCUCAGAGUGGCAGAUUCGGCUUGAAGAGAGCGAAGAACGCAUGAGAAAACAGCAGGCGGAAAAAGACGACCAGAUGAAAAAUAUUAUACAAAGAUUAAUCCAUGUUGAAGAUGAAUUACGCACUGAGCAAGAAGACAUGCAAGAAACUGUAGCACACAAACAGAAAGUGAUAGAGGCGCAGGAACGUCGUAUACAGUCCCUCGAUGUAGCAAACAACAAGCUCGUUCAGGCGCUGAAUCAGCUGAAGGAACACUACAAUGCAACAGCUAAAAAUGGCUUAAACUCACCUUUAAAGACAAAACUCACUGCUGAUUUGGCCUCAUUCAAAACAAGUUCAUGCUGAUGCGUUAUUGUGUAACAAAUGGCUAAAAUACAACUUGAAAGGUCGGGCCAUUGCAUCUGUAAAUUUUUCAUGGGAAACACAUUACAUGUAAUUGUAUGGCCUUGCAUUGAAAAUGGCGUCAAAGGCAUAUUUGAAGACCAAAUUCUAUUCAUAAUGAAAUUAUACUUAACAUGGCAUUGUGUUAGAAAUGGCUUGUUACACCUUCAUAGACUACUCACCUGCAGCAAUAUUUAAAUUUAUGGCAUUGUAUUACGAAUGGCAAACAAUAACUUUAUACAUACUGUUUGCCUAUCAUUCGGACCAAGUUCAUGCUAAAUACAGUUCUUUAUUGUUGUGUUGAAAAUGACUGAUCUAUAAAACACCUUGGCCUUAACCUGCUGAAAUGUCAGCAUUCAAAACAUUAGCAUUUUUUUCAUGUCACAUGAUCAGACUAAAUAUUGUUUGUUAAAGGCAAUAUCCUGCCAAAGCUAAACACUGUCAUAUUGUUACUAGGCAGUGCAUUUUAGUUGUUAGGCAGUCAUGUGCUUGGCAAUGCCAUGUGUUUUACCUGACAAUGUUAGAUUAAUGCUAGGUAGAAGCAUUUGGUUGCUAGGCAGUGUUGCAAAGGAGAUUUUCUAAUAUCGAGGGCUGAACAGAAAAUUGUCGUAAUCACUUGUAUUUCAUACGAGUUACAACACUUUUCCGUUCAACCCCUUGAUUUGGUUGUUUGCCUUUACACUAAGUAUCUGUGUUUAAGGGUAUUGGAUGUUGCUAAGUGCUUUAAUUGUGUAUUUUUUGUACCAGCUGUAUAAAGUGCCUAAAAACCUGAAAACCUACAGUUAACUGCUGUUAGAAAUCAUCUCUUAUUUCUUAAGGUAUCCACUUAAGAGUGGCACAACAUUUCCAUUUCAUGGGUUGUCAAGUUAGCUUGUAAUCUUGUUAAGCUGUGACAGUAUGGGAUAAAUAUUGAUGCAACUUGUCAGCAAACUAUGAUAAAUUGCUCUGUAUCAGGGUUCAAAAAUGUUGAAAAGUGGUACUUGGUACAUUUAUGUCUAAUUGUAAUGUAUUAAAAGUGCUAUGACUUGAAACGUUACCUUAUUGUUACAAUAUUACUAUAACAUUACAAAUUCUUCGUAUUCAGGAAGUGUUAUUUAGUGGAAAAGAUGAAUACAGUAUACAUUUUGUAACUUACUAACAUACAGAAAUUGGUGAAAGUAUGGUACUUCAGAAAAAUAAUCUUAGUUAUACAGAAUAGUUUUGAGCAGUUUCAACCAAAUACAAUCAAAUUUAACCAGAGACAUCAAAAUAACUUGGUUUUUUGCUUUUUUGUCUUAGUCAAUUUUUGUCUUGUGUUUUUAGUAUUGACAAAAAUGAUUGUAACAUCUAUUUUGUUUCAAAUUAAUGUAGGUACUGUGUUGAAAAAUUCAUUAAAUGAAAUGUUGUAAUUGUUAUAUUACAUCUUUACACCAAGAACAAACAAGAAGAUUGUUGCAAAUUUUGGAAGUGAAUGUAAUCUGUAAUAGGAUAUGUGACCUGUGUGUUGUUCUACCUAUAAAUAAUGCAUAUAAUUGUAUAAAAAGUUUUGUAAAUAAGAAAAUCUAUUUAUAGCUACAUGUAUUGAUGGUUAAACUUUGACAUUAAAAAGUGCAAUGUGAUUAAAACUCAGAAUUUCA